UGCUGGCCUACAGUGGGUGUAUUAAGCGGGACCCUUGAUACCCUUGAUGCCCUCGGUAUUUAAUGAUAUCAAUAACAACAUGAGUUAUGAACAUAGGAAGUAGCUUAUGAACAUCAUACCAACCUCGUGCUAAAGUGCAAUAUUGUGUUCAGAGAAGUAACGGUAAAAAGACUGUUGCAACAAUUCAUAACUAUGGCUAAAGGACUUGAGACAUCCGAGUCGAUUCAACUACCGCCAGAGUUGCGAUCCAAGCUUAUCGACAUCGAAAACCAGUUCAAUGUCUCAACCGAGAAGCUCAAGCAGAUUACCCAACAAUUCGAAAAAGAGUUACGAGAGGGUCUUGAAAAAGAAGGAUCUAAUAUUGCUAUGAACGUAACAUGGGUUCUUGGACUCCCAUCCGGUGACGAAAUUGGCGAAUACGUAACGAUAGAUCUUGGCGGCACUAAUUUACGCAUGUGUCGAGUUGCGUUGAGAGGACAGCGCGAGGAAAUUGAUAUCAAGCAACACGUUUAUCGCCUUCCUCCAGCAAUAAAGACGGGAGACUCUCGACAACUAUGGAACUUCAUUGCAGAUUCCCUGGACGAGUUCAUCAAAUCGCAUCAAAUUAUAGCGAAUCGCGAUGAUCGGCUACCUUUAGGGUUUUGUUUCUCUUACCCGGCUUCUCAGGAUGCUAUCGACCACGGCAUUUUGAAGACGUGGACGAAAGGAUUUGAUAUCGACGGUGUCGAGGGUGAAGACGCCGCGGCACAACUGAAAGAUGUCUUGGCUGAGCGGGGUUUACCUUUAGAGCUUGUUGCUCUUGUAAAUGAUACUACUGGAGCUAUGGUAGCCUCAGCCUAUAAAGACCCGGAUACCAUCAUCGGCGCAAUAUUUGGUACGGGUUGCAAUGCGGCAUACGUGGAAAAUGUCGGCUCAAUACCGAAAUUGAAGACAACCCUGCCACCCGAUACUCCUAUGGCAAUAAAUUGUGAAUACGGCGCUUUUGAUAACGCUCAUCGCGUAUUGCCGCGAACCAAGUACGACGUAUCUAUCGACAAAGAUUCCCCGCGGCCAGGCGAACAGGCGUUCGAAAAGAUGAGCGCGGGUCUGUACCUCGGCGAGAUCUUCCGACUAACUGCACUUGAUCUUUACGAAAGUGGUCUCAUCUUUGACAGGCAAGGUGCUGCAAAAUUGAGAGAACCUUAUAAACUAGACACUGGCUUCUUAUCGGGUAUCGAGAAUGACCCGCUAGAGACGUCUCAGACUCGACUAGAAGAAUGUCUAAAUAUCAAAGUCACAUUAGAUGAGACAAGGGUAGCUCGUCGCUUGGCAGAAGUCAUCGCGGCUAGGGGUGCGAGGCUCUGCUCCUGCGGCGUUGCAGCGAUAUGCCGGAUGAAGGGUAUUACGUCAGGUCAUGUCGCAGCGGAUGGCACUGUCGCAAACAAGCAUCCGAAAUUCAAGCAACGGUGGGCCGAGGCGCUUGGUGAGAUUCUCGAUUGGCCCGAAGAUAGGGAAGAAGAUCCUAUCAUCAUCACUAAUGCGGAAGAUGGUAGCGGUAUUGGUGCAGCAGUCAUCUCGGCCAUGACGCUGUACCGAAUUCACGGAGGUAACACAGUUGGAAUACAAGGAUGAUAAUUUGGAGUGCUUAUAAGUGCUUAUAGUCGGAUGGUGUUAUUACGCGAUUCGAGUGGGAAGAAGAUGAUUUCAAAUCUAUCGGUCUUUAGACUCAUAAAGAGCACUUAACUCCGAAGCUCCCUAUUAGGUAGGCCAAUAUAAAAUACAGUAAGCCAAUAGUAGCCUUCUAUAUCUCCAGAUAAACUCC